GUCGCCAUCUUGUUUGUUGUUGUUGGCUGGCGGUUCAAUCAUGGCGAUGCAUGCUAAAGCGACUCCACCGCAGAUUCCCGACACUCGCCGUGAGCUCUCGGAGCUCGUCAAGAGGAAACAAGAGCUUGCGGAGACGCUGGUGAACCUGGAGAGACAGAUCUACGCGUUUGAAGGCAGCUACCUGGAGGACACGCAGAUGUACGGCAACAUCAUCAGGGGGUGGGACCGCUAUCUAACCAACCAGAAAAACUCCAACAGUAAGACGGACAGAAGGAACCGAAAGUUCAAGGAGGCAGAACGGCUGUUCAGUAAAUCCUCCGUAACAUCAGUGGCAGCUGUUUGUGCUCUCGGUGGCGUCCCUGAUCACAUGAAUGAAAAACGUGAGGCAGGCAGCGGUACCGAGAGCGACGCAUCUCCGGACCUGCAGAACCAGGAGAACGAGCCGGGUCAGGAGGAGGCGGAGGACGCAGACGGAGCACUGCAAGACCUGAAGCCUCAGAAAGCUGCGUCGUCUUCCAGCUCCACCAACGCGGGCCACCACAGCAGCCACAAGAAACGCAAGAACAAGAACCGACACAGCCCCUCCGCCAUGUUCGAUUAUGACUUUGAAUUUGACAUGAAGAUGAAUAAAAAGCCCAGAGCGGAUUAUUCAGCCUGAUGCUGAAGAUGGAGCGUGUUUGACCUGGACUAUAUCCAUCAUCUUGUAUCUCUCUCUCUCACACACACACACAGGCUGUUGAUUCAUCAUCUCUCCAUCAGCCCUUACAGCAGUCGUUGACCGAACUCUAGUGCAUGUGAGAUUUAUAAGCUCCCUCCUCCUCUCCCUCCUCCCCAUUUGGUUUCUGAAUGCCCCACCCAGUCCGUUUCGCAUGUAAAACCCUCCCCUUGCAUUGCAUUCUUGUAUAUUUGUGUCCCUGCAUGUGAUUUGGGACACAUUUUUAAUACUGAUAUUUCCACAGUGUCAGAUUGUUCGUAUUUAUAAUGCUCCACUUGUGACUUUUUUUUUUUUUUUAAAUCAGUUACUUUCUUUUGUAAGUUUGAAAGGAAUUGUGUCGUCAUUUCCAUUGUUGGUUUUUACUCUGUGAAAAUAAUAAUUAAAAAAAAAACAAAAACGAAA